AUGAGUUUCAUUCCCAACUCGUUUGGCAAACGACCAUCGUUGACCCUCGACACAUCACAAGAAGGCUUUACAGUGGCCAGUACCACUGCUGUUGGUACUAGUAUUUCAGAAGUCAAGCGAACAUCCACCAUCACGGCUCCCCUUUCUCCCAAUCAUCUCCCAAUCUACUAUUCCAAUAUCAAGACACAAGGAAGGGUCAUGAUUUACGAUCAAGACACCUUUUCUUUCAAAAUGGUGCACGAUGAUCAUCUUCCGUAUGCACCCGAGUCACCACAUUCCAUCACGUACUAUGGCAGAAAGUCGCUUUUGCUGAACGAGGAAUCGUUUGAUUUCAAACUAAAACACAUGAAGCAACAAUAG